AUGGGAGACAGGUCGAAGGUUGCCGGCGACGAGGGGGAGAGGCCCCUCCCGAAGCUCCCAAUCCCGGGGAGUCGCAACAUCCUCAUAACCAGCGCUCUUCCAUACGUCAACAACGUCCCCCAUCUUGGCAACAUCAUCGGCUGUAACUGCCCCCCCUUCUCUCUCUGCCCCGUACUCUGCGUUUAGUUCCUACUGUUUCUCGGUGCCUCUUUCGGCGAGCUGUUUGAUCGGAUGCCUGCUAAUUCUGCUUUCCAUGGAUGAAUUUAAAGGCGUGCUGAGCGCGGACGUCUUCGCGCGUUAUUGCCGGCUGCGGGGCUAUAACGCUAUAUACAUAUGCGGGACCGACGAGUACGGCACCGCCACUGAGACCAAGGCCAUGGAAGAAAACUGCACCCCCAAGCAGAUUUGCGACAAGUCAGUGAAAAUAUCGGGCGUGGGAUUAAACUUUAGUUGCUGAUUCCUAACGUAAUCAGUCAGCUGCACUUUUGUCAACCCGUCCACACUGGAAAUCCACCUUGUUGAAAUGAUUUCCCCCCGCAUGACGCAUCGCAUUUCUUUAUGGCCAGACAAAAAUGAUCUUGAAUGCCAAUAGUUAAAUGAUAUCAUACUUCUUUUUCUGCUGACUUCUGUAUGUUCUUGAUGCACUUAGGUACCAUGCUCUUCACAAAGAGGUUUAUGAAUGGUUCGACAUCAGCUUUGACGAAUUUGGACGUACAUCGACGCCACAGCAGACAGAGGUCUGCCAAGCUAUUUUCCAGAAGCUCCUCGACAACAAAUGGCUCUCAGAGAACACCAUGCAACAGGUUAUUCCUAUCCGUUGUCACACAGAUGAGAAAGUUCUCUUAUUUUCCAAGGAAGUUCUGUGUUUCUGCGCUCUUCCUAAGCCUCCCUAAAUGCAGCUUUACUGCAAUACAUGUGAGCGAUUCCUGGCGGAUCGGCUUGUGGAAGGUGUAUGUCCAACUCCAGGUUGUAACUAUGAGUCUGCGCGGGGGGACCAAUGCGAGAACUGUGGCAAGCUUUUAAACCCAACUGAACUGAAUGAUCCUAGGUGUAAGGUAUACGUCCUGCAUGACCUCGAAAGACGCCGCCAGUUUUAACAACUUCUGUUUGAUGACACUGUUGGUUCCUCCUUUUUAUUCAUUUGUCAUAGGUGUGCGGCAGAACCCCGCAAAUCCGUGACACUGAUCAUCUAUUUUUAGAGCUUCCUCUGCUCAAAGAUAAAUUGGAGGAUUACAUCAACAAGAUGUCAGUGGCGGGUGGUUGGAGUCAAAAUGCUAUUCAAGGCACAUAUGCAUGGCUAAAGGAAGGCCUUAAAUCUCGUUGUAUUACGAGGGAUCUCAAAUGGGGUGUUCCUGUUCCACACGACAAGUAUAAAGACAAGGUUUUUAACUAAAUCCACGCAAAUUUCUGUCUACUGUGUCUCUAUCUGAUGUUCUUUGGCUUGCUUUUUUUUUCUUUCUUGAUGUGGUAAAAACCCCGUCCCAUUAUCUGUUGAAAGCAAUGCCACCCUUAAAUGGCUAGACUUGGAUUGUGCUUGAUAAAAUUCCCUAGGCAUGCUGAAAACAAGAGCAAUGAAAGACCUCAUCAUCUAGUUGAGGAUGAUAUUUACCAUAGGGGGAAUAACUCCGGUGAGAACAAUAGUGGACUUGUUGAAUCAACUUUUUCCGUGUCCAUAAUACCAAAGGAAGACAUGAUAUCUGUGAAAAACAGAAAACUUACCCUGCUUAACUAUAUAGUAAGAAUUCAAAGGUUUUGAAAGUGGAAUGUUUUUCUUUUCAGGUUUUCUAUGUCUGGUUUGAUGCACCAAUUGGAUAUAUCUCAAUCACUUCAUGUUAUACAACGGAAUGGGAAAAGUGGUGGAAAGAUCCCGAUAAUGUGGAGUUAUAUCAGUUUAUGGGCAAGGAUAACGUCCCUUUUCACACGGUAUUUUUUCUUUCCCCUACAUCUGUUGGACGUUGUGUCACUUGGUCUUUGGUUUGUCCAGUUCUGUACUGUCGUAGGAGAUAAAAAAAAUUCCCGAAGAAAGCAAGAUGGCUAUGUUGAUUCUCAUACAGGAUAUACCUGGAGUUUCUUUGGCACAAGCUUGCUCAUCUCUUCAACCUUCCAGAAUGUUUUUGUAGAGAAACCUGGAUGAACGGAAUGUUCUUUCAUGAAAAUAAUUCCUCAUAUUUCUCUCAAAACUUUUGAAUAAUGGAAAUUUCUAUUGGCAGACUCGAAAAGAACAACUUUAUCUGCACGCUCUGUUGUUUCUAGUUUUUAUGAAACAAACAGUCUGUUGAGUGGUCUUAUGUAGAGCUUGAUAAGUUUCGUAUGAUUAUCAAAUUACCAGGUUAUGUUCCCUUCCAGUCUUCUUGGGACUGGUGAAGCGUGGACUCUAAUGAAGACUAUCAGUGUGACAGAGUACUUGAAUUAUGAAUCAGGUAUUCUCCACCAUAUUUCUGACUUGUUUCCAUGGCAUGUACCAUCAAAAUCCAUCUUCAUAAGGGGAAGUGUCUCUAAGAUAAUGAACUGGUUCAAAGUGUCUCAAAGAAAAACUGGUCCAUAUCAUUGACUCCGAUCUAUCCCAUCAUUUAAUUUUUAAACACAGAGGAAGAAAAUAUAUGUAACCAAUGAACGUGUUGAACGGAUAUAUAUCAAGAAAUUUUAUCGCGUCUUGUUGUCGAGGGUGCGGAUUCAAGUAGCUCUCCUAUUUCUCACUUAUCCUCUACACCAUCUUUGGGAUGGGCUCACAAAAGAUGUCUGCUCUUUUCUUCUUUCCCAGGCCAUAGAUAGCAGCCUUCUCAUGUUGAGGAAUUGUGUGAUGAUGGUGGCGCUGAAUUGCUGUGGUUUAUACGUUUGGUACCCAUAGCUUGCCCCCCGUAAGAUCUCCGCAUUCGGAGUUGUUCCUGAUCUUAAAACCAUGAAGAACAUAUGUGAUGAUUUUAGAUGAAGCAACGUGCUUAACUUUAAGUUUCAGAUUUAUCAGCACACACGGAAAUUGUGGUUGGGAUAGCUUACCUUGAGUUUUAGCUAGUGCCAAGAUAACAGAACUCUAUUUGCAUAACGUGGUGUGGCAACUACUGGUAGGAGAAAGAGUGUCCUGCAUCUCAAAGGUAUCAUUGGCAAAAGAAGACACCUUUCCGUGCGAAUAAGUAUGUUGGUUCAGUCUUUCUGGGUUUGAUGUGGAGAAGCACGUCUGUAAUUUCCUACAUUGAAAAGAAAAGAAGAACCGUCUGGCGUAAAAUUGAAAAAUGUAACAUGAUACCGAGGUACCUAGACAGUCGUCGAUUAGUGUUCCUGAUCCCCGAACAAACAGUGCAUGUAACUAAAAGUUUUAUGGGAAGGGUUGGCUGACUUUGACCUUUUGUGGUUCUCCUUGUGGCCAUUUGUUACUGACUUCCCUGCUUAAAGAAUGGAUGCAUAGUUUUUUUGAAUUCGGCUGGGUAUGACAGCUUUUGGUUGACCUAGUUGUCUAAUUUCAGUCUGACUGAACUACAUGAUUCUUAGUUAACAUUACCAGAAAAAUAUACUCUUUCUUAUCUCUUCAUUUUGUGUGCGUUUACAUUGUAAACAACCGGAUAGAUUUGUGAGUAUUGGUUUGAUUUUUCCUUCUCAUGCAGGAAAGUUCUCCAAAAGUAAAGGCAUUGGGGUUUUUGGUAAUGACGCUAAGGAUACAAAAAUUCCUUCAGAAGUAUGGAGAUAUUAUUUGCUAACUAAUAGACCUGAGGUGAGUCCUAAUAAGGAAUGGGCGUCUCCUUGCUUUGUUUUGUUAUAGCCAAUUUCUUGUUUUCUCGUGUACUAAGCUUUUAUUCUUUUUUUAAUGCCUCAGGUAUCAGAUACUCUCUUUACCUGGGCAGACUUGCAGGCUAAGCUAAACAAUGAGCUGCUGAAUAAUCUUGGAAACUUCAUAAACCGUGUCUUGAGUUUCAUUGCCAAACCUUCAGGUUAAUUUUACUAUUUUACGAUAGCGUCUGAUCAUUUAUAUCCCGGCAAUGUCCAUUCCCAUCGGGUAUUAUCUCCAUGUAUUGAUAGGGCAUUAGCAAACCGAUUCACCAUCCAUCUCAGUAUUCUCGGAUGAAAAUGCCUAACCGACGAUAAAAGGAUUCUCUGUGAGAAAAAAUUUGGGCGUCAAAGAGUCAAUAGAGACUGCCAAUAGAAAUGUCAACGAUGAUGAGGGAGUAACAAAUAUUCUUGACUAGGAACAGGGAGGUGGCCACGGUGGCUUGCUUCCGUAAAGUGACUAUUCGUGCCUAUUUUUUUUCUGUGAUGUUUUCUUUAUCUUCAUAACUGAUCAUUGGACCUCUUCACCAAGAAGGCUGCCAAUUUGAUAAAACCAUUUCUUAUUUUGGUGAUAUCAACUCCAUGUCUAUUUCCUUCCAGUCUUUUAUUAGCUUUAUUAUUUAAUCACAAUCAAUUUUUCCUCCGUAUCCACCUCAUUGAUAUUUUGUAUGACUUGGAGUGUCACCUUUGAAAGUCUAUUUAUGUUAUUGUGUAUCUUUUUCUGAUGUUUUUGGCUAAAUUGUAUCCCUAUCCGGUGAAGAUGAUAGUUUGUUGUAUGAUUUGGUCAAAUAUAAAAUAUUGACAGUCAAUCAUCCCUUUUCAGGACAAGGGUAUAAUUCAAUUAUCCCCGACGCUCCCAAUCCAGCGUCGUAUCAUAAAACCAAAAUCUUGGCAGAGAAAGUUGGCGUUUACGUUGAUCAGUAUAUUGAUGCCAUGGAAAAGGUUACUGGAUACUCUAUCAUUAGAUUUUCCUGUGCCCUUCAUAGAGAGUUCAGAUUACCUUGGAGCUAUCCGCUCUCCAAGAUGUGGCAACGAGCUUUGAUGGCCUUGAUUUUCUGUCCGCUUUCAUCUUGCUCUAGACGAGUCAAAUUAUUUAAACCAAGAUCUAUUUUACGCAGGUAAAACUAAAACAGGGCCUUAAAACUGCGAUGAGCAUUUCAAGUGAGGGGAAUUCUUAUCUGCAGGUAAGUUAAUGUUCUCUCUGUUUAUUUUUUUACGUACAAGUAACAUCAUCUCUGAAAUCCAUUUGCCUUUCGAAAAUGUAUGCAGGACAGUCAAUUCUGGAAGCUUUAUAAGGAAGAUCCUUCAUCAUGUGCCAUUGUGAUGAAGACUUCUGUUGGAAUCGUGUAUCUUCUAGCAACAUUACUGGAACCUUUCAUGCCAUCCUUUUCCAUCGAGGUAAUUUAAAUUUCUGAACGCACUCCAUCAUCAUCCACCAAAUUCCAUUUAAUUCAGAAAACAUGGACAUUCCGAAUAUUUUUUUGUUUUUUUUUGCUUUUGGUGGCAUAAAGGUUCUGAAACAGCUCAACUUGUAUCCGGAUGCUCAACUUUCACUUUGCGAUGAGAAAGGGUUUAUCAAUAGAGCCAAAAGUCCAUGGGAUCUUAUACUAUCUGGACACAAAAUAGGCACGCCACGCCCCCUCUUCAAGGAACUGGUAUGCAUGCCCAUUUUUUCUAUGUUCUUUUGAUUUUCUUUAUGCGUUGGGUGCUUGUCAAUCAGACGGGAAAUUGAAAAGUUUCGCGCAAGCAUGAGACCAUGAUCCCUGAUGAUCACUUUUUAUGCAGAAAGAUGAAGACAUUGAAUUUUUUAGGCAAAAAUUUGCUGGGUGCCAAGCCGAUAGGAUUAUAAAAGCACAAGCUGAUGCAAAAAUAGUAGCGGAACAGGUCAAGGGCCUGACAGUUUCAGGUUUAGUCACUGUUUCCCGAGUGACCUUGCGUUAGCUUUCCUCGAAUGCACAAUUUGUGGCCUAAAUGCGCGCAUGCUCUUAUUUCCCCUCAUUUUCUUUCAACAGGUUUUCAAUGCCUUAUCAUUCUUCCUCCUCUCUCCCUUGAGUUUAUCGCCUCUUACAUGUUUUCUAGCUAAGGAGUUAAGGCUAAGCACCUUCUUACCCCUUCAUUUCUUGAAGGGUGUUUUUGCUUCACACGCCAGGCAUCACAUACUCCUGGGUCCAACUUACCAUUCAUGAUAAAAUUCUAAAUUUCUAUGAGUGUAUCUGUUGAGGUGUAAGGAUAAUUAUUCAUUGGUAUGCUAUCUUUGGAAUGAGAAGAAAUAUUUUGGAGAUGCGCAUUUACAAACCCAUGAAUUGUAGAUACUUUUGUGCCAUCGUUCCUCACAGCUUAUGGAACUCGAUGGCUCCUUUCAUCACAAUCCAUGCAUUUUGUUCAUUACAGAUAUUGAUCUGGAUUUCUUUAUUUUUUUCCCAUCUCCUCUCUCUCUCUCUCUCUCUCUCUUUGCAGAAAAGGGGAAUAAACGGAAGCAAGGUAAGCCGCAACCGGAGUCAAAACCAGAGUCGGAGGAAAUUUCUAUUUCAAGGCUGGACAUCCGCGUGGGUCUCAUCACGCGAGUUGAGAAGCAUCCCGCUGCCGACUCCCUUUAUGUAGAAGAGAUUGACGUCGGGGAAGCAUCGACAAGAACUGUAGUCAGCGGGCUCGUCGCCCACGUUCCUCUUGAGGAGAUGCAGGUCAUCUCCCUUCUGUCUCCGAAUCUAUCUCCCUUCCGUUGACUGUCCCUGCCAUUCUCCGCCGUUGACGCCAAGUGUUUUUCCUCCAUGGGCAGAAUCGCAGAGUGUGUGUUCUGUGCAAUCUGAAACCAGCAGCAAUGAGAGGGAUAAAAUCAUGUGCGAUGCUCUUGGCUGCUACCAAUGGUACCAAGGUAAGCCAUCCCCUCCUCUCACAACUACACACACACUGAAACUUUGGAUCGAAACAGACUAUAGGGUUCUACCGCAGCAUCAUUUUCUUGUUUUUGUCUCCUCCCCUCAAAUGUAACUUGUCUCAGGUGGAGCUGGUUGAGCCGCCGGCGACUUCCCGCGUGGGGGAAAGAGUGACUUUCCCCGGAUGCCCUGGUGAACCAGAUGAGGUGCUCAACCCAAAGAAGAAAAUCUGGGAGGCGUUGCAGCCCGAUCUUCGCACAGAUUCAGGGCUGACGGCGUGUUACAAGGAUUUGCCCCUGACGACAUCGGCAGGUGUGUGCAAGGUCAAGUCCAUUACAAAUGGUUCCAUAAGAUGA